AUGGCGCACCACGACGAAGAUCACAGCUAUCACCCCAAGGACGCCAUUUCGGCAGCCAUGAAGGCCACCGCGCUGACCGGAAGCAACGUCGGAACUCUGGGCGUCUUCGUCCGUGGCGGUGGUACCAUUACUACCUUUGCGGCCAUGGGUGGUACCUAUGAGUUCAUCAAGACCGCUUCCGCCAACCUGCGUGAGAAGGAGGACCACUACAACGUCGCUCUGGGUGGCUUCUUCUCAGGUGCCAUUCUCGGUCUCCGAGCUAAUAAUCGGGUUUACCUCAGUCCGCACACUCCCGCUGUGCUCGGAUACGGUAUCGCCCUGUCGUCUGCCAUGACCGCCUUCGAGUACACCGGUGGCACCCUGUUUGGAUACCAGAAGGACACAUCGGUGGACGAGUUCGACCGCCGGACGGCGUUGCGCAAGGCAUUCCAGACUCCCGGAGAGCAGACCAUCUCGGAAGUGGGUGAAGGACGUGGUAUCUACGGCCCUGGUUACGAAGAGAGACGCCGGGAGCGUCUCAAGGCGAACUACGGCAUUGAGGUUCCCACAUCCCCAGUUCCUGCAUCAUAA